GAUUUCAUUUCUUCCUCUUUGUUGUUCACUUGCUCUCACUUCAUUUCUCUUCAUUGUGUCAUUUUAAUCUCUCACUUUGAGUCUUCUAAAUUUGGUUAAUUUCAAUUUUUAAUUAAUUAGUUUGUUCUUAAAACAAUUAAAUCGAAAAUGUUUGAAGGUCGAAUGAUCCGUGGUUUUAUCAUAAAACGAAUUCUUGAAGCCAUCAAAGACUUGGUUUCGGAAGCUUCAUGGGAUUGCUCCACUACGGGAAUGUCUCUCCAAGCCAUGGACACUUCUCAUGUCUCUCUUGUCUCAGUCCAGUUGAAAUCAGAAGGUUUUGAUAAAUAUCGUUGUGAUCGUAAUUUAACACUCGGAAUGAACUUGGCAAGUUUGGCUCAAAUCGUUAAGGCUGCUGGUAAUGAUGAUGUAAUUACCAUUAAAGCUCCCGAUGAUGCCGAUAAAAUAACUCUUAUUUUCGAAACCAAAAAUGAAGCUGAAAAAUGGGAGUAUGAAAUUAAACUGAUGAAUCUUGAUUCCGAAUAUCUUGGUAUCCCGGAAACCGACUACAGUGUAAAGGCUCUUUUACCUUCUCAUAAAUUCCAAAGAAUUUGUCGUGACCUUUCCCAGAUCGGGGACUCAGUUACCAUCUCAGCAGCUAAAGAUGGAAUUCGAUUCUCGACUACUGGAGACUUGGGAUCUGGAACAGUGAAACUCAACCAAACAGCAUCGGCUGAUAAACCCGAAGAAACGGUUUCAGUUAAAGUUGAAGAACCGAUUAUUCUCUCAUUUGCCCUCAAGUAUCUCAAUCAUUUCGCCAGAGCAACUGCUCUCUCACCUCAAGUGUCCCUCUCAUUGUCGAAAGAUGUUCCAUUAGUUGUUGAAUACAUGAUUCACGAUGAUGAUGACGAUGAAAUUGGUUACAUAAGAUACUACUUGGCGCCAAAGAUUGAGGAAGGAGAAGAAUAAAAAAGGAUGUGAUCUUCAAGAAGAAAAGAAGGCGAACCAAAACAAAAAAUGGAACAUAACAAAACCAUAAAAUUUUCUAAUUUCUUUUUUAUUUUCAUCAUCACUAAAAAAAUUAAAUAAUUGUGAUAACAAA